UGAAAAGUGUAUUGAUUUUCCGACAAGCCCUUAUCACCCGCUCGUCCGUUCAAGUGCCCUUUGACGGUUAGGUUUUCUUGUUUACAAAUUCAAAAGUACCUAUAAUACCUAUAAUUUUGAUUUUAAUUCAUCAGUUCACGAAGAGUUGAUGGAAAUCAUACCUAGAAUAUAUAGCAAAUUAAGUUUCAUGUCUUCCAGUUGAACUCUGUCAACUUGCAACUUUGUUAGCCUUUACUUGUGAUUAUAUAGCUUUACACAAUUCGAAUUGUAUCGAACGAAACUAAAGGAGACAAUAUGGAUUAUUCAAAUCGGGUGAAUAUAGACCAGCCGAAAUGGGAUCAAUCCCAAUACAUAGGAAGAGCAAAACAUUUUUUCAAUACAACAAACCCUCUGAAUAUUUUUGCAACACCAGAACAGCUUGAUCGAGCGAAAGAAAUUGUAACAAAAUACAGAUCCGGCCAAUCACUUCCGGAUGGGACGUCGAUGGACGAUGUUUGGACAGCCAAGCAUUUGUACGACUCAGCAUUUCACCCAGACACCGGUGAGAAGAUGUUUGUUCUGGGACGUAUGUCGGCGCAGGUACCGUGCAAUAUGAUGAUCAAUGCUGGCAUGAUGACGUUUUACAAAACAAACAUGGGUGUCAUAUUUUGGCAGUGGAUCAACCAGUCUUUCAACGCUUUAGUCAAUUAUACAAACAGAAGUGGAGAUUCAGAAAUAAGUGUCAAUGAGGUGGGAAUGUCUUAUCUUCUUGCUACAACUGGUGCUCUAGUUACAGCUCUUACUCUCAAUAAGCAAGUUAAGAAUGCACCUCCUCUGAUUGGUCGGCUGGUGCCAUUCACUGCAGUUGCAGCUGCUAAUUGUAUCAACAUUCCAUUCAUGAGAAGAAAGGAGUUGACAGAUGGUGUUCCAGUUGUGGAUGCCAACAACAACAGAAUUGGAUUGUCGAAGGUCGCCGCCAAAGAGGGAAUAGCUCAGGUUGUUUUCAGUCGGGUGAUGAUGGCUGUACCACCACUUGUAAUACCACCUAUAAUCAUGAACACUUUAGAAAAGAGAGGGAUCUUUGCGAGAUAUCCAAAACUUCCUGGUCCCAUGAAUCUAGUACUUUGUGGUUUUAUACUGACAUUUGCCACACCAAUGUGUUGCGCCAUCUUCUCUCAGAGGGCCGCAAUUCCAUUGAGUCGAUUGGAAGAUUCUUUGCAGGAAGCAGCCAAGAAACUAGAUCCAAACACAACAACCGCUUAUUAUAACAAAGGUUUAUAAAUGCAACAAAAGAUCGAUUUUAAUAAUAUUUGAUCAUAUCAGUCAAUUACAAGAAAUGAAAUUUCAAAUUAUAACACAAAUUUUAUGAAUAUUAAGAUCUAUGAAUCAUGCCCAAUACAUGAAAAUUACACUGUAAGCAUAUACUCAUACACUAGUAAUGUACAGGUAUGCUAUUAAUAUUGACAUCUAGGUGCAGUAGUAAACUAUCCCUCGGUGUAACAAUGUUACAUUUUUUGUUGGAAAAUAACAAUGGAGAUUCAUCAAUUUAAUUUGAUAUAUCGAUGUAUUGUUGUCCUAUAAAUAAUAAUUGUUGAAAGAAAUGCAUUUUUCAAUAAAAUACCAUUAAAUAUGUGAACUGCUUAAACUUUAUAGAAUGAAACAAUAGUUUUUGUAAGUAGUAUAGGACUAGACUACUUAGAUGCAGAUUGUAUGUUUUCCAUUGUAAAUAUUUGUUUUCCAUUGUAGAUAUAUGUUUUACAUUGUAGUUGUUGACACAGAAUGAGAUUAAAAUUCUCUAGUUCACUUUUUUGUUCAAUCAAUUUAUAAAUUAAAAAAAA